AUGAAGCUCACCACGCAGAGCGCGGUCAUUGGACUGGCUCUGAUGGCCACUGCCGCACCUAUCGAGAACGAGGUACCUGGUUCCGGAACUGACAAGUCUCUGCCUUCCUUCUCUCUGCCAAGUGGUGGCCUCGAGCUCCCAUCUGGACUUGCAGGGAGCGGUGAAGGCGCUCUCCCAUCCCUCUCCUUGCCAUCUGGCGGGCUGCCUACAGGCUUACCAAGCAGCGGAAAUGCUGGGCUUGGAGGACUUGGUAGCUCUCUCCCUUCGAUUGCACCAGGCUCAGAGGGACAAGAUGGCGGCAGCGCUACCCUUCCCACUGCGCUCCCUCUUCCAUCCGCUUCAGACUUCCCAAUAAUGGGCUCUGGAACAGGUCCCGAGCCGCUCGGUUCCGGCACUGGCCUAUCGGGCGCCGGCAUUGGCCAGGAAGGCACAAACCUUCCGACGUCGACCAUCAAGCAGCGUCAAUCACUCGGCUCACUCGGCUCGCUUGGUAGUGGGAUAGAGUCUAGUGGCCUUGGUAGUCUCACCAGUGCCAUCUCAAGCUCUGGGUCAGGUGGCUCAUCUCCACUGGGCUCCCUCUCCGGCUCUAGCACUCCUCUUUCAGGCCUUGGCGGAUCUUCCGGGCUCGGAGAUACCGGUAGUGGGCUAGGCUUCCUUCCCGGUGGAAGCGGAUUAGGAUCUCUCUCUUCUGGGAGCGGCGGACUGGGCUCCCUACCCAGCGCCGGUAGUCUCGGAAGUGUCAUCAAGAAGCGGCAGUUGGGCUCAUUAACUGAUCCUCUUGCCUCCCUCGGAUCCGGUUCUACGCCCGGACUCGGUAGCCUUGGCGGAUCUUCCGGGCUCGGAGAUGGUGGGCUCGGCUCCCUUUCCGGUGGAAGCGGACUAGGAUCUCUCGCUUCUGGGAGCGGUGGACUGGGCUCCCUACCCGGCGCCGGUAGUCUCGGAAGUGUCAUCAAGAAGCGGGAAUCUGUCCAGGAGAGGCGGCAGUUGGGCUCACUGACAGGGGGCUCAGGUAUUUCUGAUCCCCUUACCUCCCUCGGAUCCGGUGCUACGUCCGGACUCGGUAGCCUCGGGUCGCUCACGCCUAGUCUCGGGGGUUCCGCUUCCCCGCUGGGCUCCCUACCCAGCACUGGUGGUCUCGGAAGUCUUUCCAGCCUUGGUAGUCUCGGAAGUGUCAUCAAGGAGCGGCAGUUGGGCUCAUUGACAGGGAGCUCAGGUAGUUCUGAUCCCCUUGCCUCCCUCGGAUCCGGUUCUACAUCCGGACUCGGUAGCCUUGGGUCGCUAACGAGUGGUCUUGGGAGUUCGAGCAGCGGUUCCAGUUCUCCGCUGGAAUCCCUGCCCAGCACCGGUAGUCUCGGAAGUCUUCCCGGCCUCGGUAGUCUCGGAAGUGGCAUCAAGAAGCGGCAAUCUGUCCAGGAGAGACGGCAGUUGAGCUCAUUGACUAAUCCCCUUGCCUCCCUCGGAUCCGGUUCUACAUCUGGACUCGGUAGCCUUGGGUCGCUCACGCCUAGUCUCGGGAGUGCGAGCAGCGGUUCCAGUUCCCCCUUGGAAUCCUUGAGCGGAUCUGGUAGCAGUCUUCCCGGCCUCGGUAGUCUCAUGGGUGCAGACCCUACCACAAAGACGGUGACUGCGGCUGCCUCUUCGGCGACUUCAGCCGCCUCUUCUUCUGCCACGGACUCAUCCACCAGCAACGCUUACCCCUCGGCGCCAGCGAGCUCCUACUCCGGCGGCUCCGCAGCAACAGACGUCACAGACAACACCGGCUGCCGCGACGUGACAUUCAUCUUCGCUCGCGGAACCACCGAGACAGGCACAAUGGGCACAGUCGUCGGCCCACCACUCGCCAAAGGCCUCCAGAGCGCUCUUGGCAGCGACAAAGUCUCGGUCCAGGGUGUCGACUACCCAGCUUCCGCAGAAGGCAACGUCGAUAUGGGAGGUGACGGCGGUCCAACAAUGGCCAAACUCGCCAAGCAAGCUGUGUCGGCAUGCCCGAAGACCAAGGUCGUGCUCUCCGGCUACUCGCAGGGCGCAAUGGUCGUUCACAAUGCUCUGUCGAGCAGUCUGUCUGGAACUCCCAUCGCUGCCGUCGUCGUCUUCGGCGAUCCAUUGAACGGCCAGGCUUUCAGCGGCGUGGACAAGAGCAAGGUGCUUGAGAUCUGCGGUUCAUCUGACAUGAUCUGCAAUUCUGGACCAACGGAUGUGUCGGGUUCUCAUCUGGACUACGGGAGUAGUGCGCAGAAGGCUGCCGACUUUGUUGUCACAGCUACCGGCGAGUAG